GUCAAAAUGGCCCUAAAACACUGUUUAUAUUAUACUUUAGUCGUAUUAGUAACAGUGAGUUCGUCAGCGGCGUUAUUUUUUCCAUCUGAUACUGCGAUUGGUGUAAGGAAAGCCUCAAGAUGGAACAUACCAUGGCUCGGCAUAGGAGUUUGGUGCAAUGGCUGCCCCCCGAGGGGCUGUGAAGACGACGAGGCUAUUAUACACGGGUACUGCUGUGGAUGUGCUUAUAAUUCAGAUAAUCUCCCAGUUCUGUGUCCUGAAUUUCUACAAUGUCCACUAAAUUUACAUGGUCUGUGCCACGAUUACGAGUACAUGAUGAGGUGUUGUUGCUGAGCUGUUUACUAAAAUUAAAAGAUUGAGAAAUAUUGACUGGUCCGCCAAAUUUUAUAUCUGUUUUGUAGAAAUAAAGUUUCAAAAUACGAACUUUCUCAAAACCAAAUUGUAUGCAUUUAUUUUUAAGGAACAUCUGAAUUUACUGUUAUUAUAAUAUUAAAAAUAAAACACCCUUUUAUAGCAUACUGUUUUAAUUUCUAAGAAACCCUUAAUACAGAAUUACAGUGGGUUAGCAGUAAGUAAACUGAAAAUUUCACAUAAUAACAAGUACAAAAAUAAUGAUACUCGAGGAGUUAAUCACGAUCAAAUUAAUAAAAUAAGUCCAAUAUUUUAAAUAACAAUCUCAUAAUAAACAUUACUGGGAAAAUUAAGUCCAUAUAAUUUAUAUUUGUACAGGGACUGAUAUUUAAAACAUUGUACUAAGUAUAUAAACUUCACUAUCACAUUAUUGCAGUAAUUUGAUAAUGUCUUUUAAUUAAUACUAUGAUCCCACUUGAAGUUAACCGAUGGCUACGUACGUUUACAAUACAUAUUAUUAUCUAUGCUAAGGCCCAUUUGCUUUAUGAACAGUUUUGUGUUAAAGGUUAGUUAGAAUAAACUCUAACACAAAACCCUAGUAAAGCACAACCUCAGUAUGCAUCACUAUAAAUAAAUAUUCUAUAUGGAAUAACACCCAGUGCUUAGUA